AUGGGUGGCAGCCCAGCAGUGUUGCUGCAGUUGGCGGCUUCGGGCGGGGGCGGCGUCUUUGGCGGUGCGCUGGGCAGCCUCGUUGCUGAGUCACUGGGCAGCCGGCGGCCCUCCUUCCUGUGCCUCGACACCGGGACUGCGGGGGGCCGCGCCAUACAACACAGCCGCGCCCCCAGCUUUGCUGCCAGCAGCGCGGGCUCGUCUCAGGUGUGCCUCAUCUGCCUGGACGCGCUGGCCCCUGAGGACUUCGACAGUGGGGAGGCCCUCGCCCAGGCGUGCGCCUGCAAGGGCGACGUGGCGCUGCGCCACAAACGCUGCGCCGUGCAGUGGAGCCUGGUCAAGCGCUCCACCGUGUGUGACGUCUGCCGCCGCCCCAUCACCAACCUGCCCGACCUGCCGCCGCCCGAGCCCCCCGCCGCUGGCGCCGACGGCGAGGUGUGGGACCCCCUGGCCCUGGGCCAGCCCCUGGGCCUGGGGGACUACCUCGUGGACUGCGUGCGCGUGGCGUGGAUGGCGCUAGUUGUGGGCAUACUGGUGUUUGACAUGUCGGUGUCGCGCGCGGCCGUAACAGGCGCUGUCAUCGGCGUCGUCCUCACCGCCGCCGCACAUGCCCUCGUUCUGGCGCAGCGCAGCGCCGCGGCCGUGCGCACGUUCGCUGCGGCGCUGCGCGAGCGCGCCUGGGUUCAGGGGCAGCAUCAGCAGCUUGCAGCAGCUGUGGCUGUGGCGGCGGAGGCAUGGGAGCUGCCAGAGGGCGAGGUGGGCCGGGCGGCAGGGGGGGAUGGGGUGGACAGCGGCAGUGGCGCCCUCCAGGAAGGCAGGGCCCCAGCACGCCCCGGUCAUACCCGUGCCCCCUCCUCGACUGUCCUUCUCAUCCGCGAGGAAGAGGGCGAGGCAGCCUGA